CCGACGGGAAUCGACCAGGAAAGGCCAAACAGCACUCGAGUAGACACCGCCCUCUCGCCGCCGCGCCUCCGACCCAACCACACACGCGCCACCACCCGCCGUCGCAGGGAGCAGCCGCUUGAUAAUGAUGAUGGCGGCGCCGUACCACCAGCCGACGACGCUCGAGGAGGUCCGCACGCUCUGGAUCGGCGACCUCCAGUUCUGGGCCGACGAGGCCUACCUCUACAACUGCUUCGCACACACCGGUGAGGUGCAAUCGGUAAAAAUAAUACGCAACAAAGUAACAAACCUCCCAGAGGGUUAUGGAUUCAUAGAAUUCAUUUCACACGAAGCUGCUGAGAAAGUUCUACAGACUUAUAAUGGCGCACAAAUGCCUGGUUCUGAGCAUACAUUCAGAUUGAAUUGGGCUUCUUUCAGCUCUGGUGAGAGGCGUCCUGAUGCAGGACCUGACCAUUCGAUUUUCGUAGGGGACUUGGCACCUGAUGUCACAGAUUACUUACUACAAGAGACAUUUCGUGUGAACUAUUCAUCUGUUAGGGGCGCCAAGGUUGUCACGGAUCCAAAUACUGGGAGAUCUAAAGGAUAUGGAUUUGUAAAGUUUGCUGAUGAAAAUGAGAAGACCCGUGCAAUGUCAGAAAUGAAUGGUGUGUAUUGCUCAACAAGACCUAUGCGGAUAAGUGCUGCAAUUCCUAAGAAAUCCUCUGGAUCUCAGCUUCAGUAUGGAACUGCUAAAGCGAUGUAUCCAGCAGCUGCUUAUGCUGUUCCCCAGGCCCAACCAGCUCUACCAGAUAGCGAUCUUACAAACACUACUAUAUUUAUUGGUAACUUGGACCCAAAUGCAACAGAAGAGGAGCUGAGGCAGCUAUGUGUGCAGUUUGGGGAGCUUAUAUAUGUAAAAAUUCCAGUUGGUAAAGGAUGUGGAUUUGUACAAUAUGCAUCUAGAGCAUCAGCUGAAGAGGCUGUGCAACGUCUGCAUGGCACAAUGAUUGGCCAACAAGUAGUUAGGCUUUCAUGGGGCAGAAGUCCAGCCAAUAAACAGGAUCAGUCAGCUGCGUGGACUCAGCAGGCAGAUCCUAAUCAAUGGACAGGUGCUUAUUAUGGCUAUGGGUAUGAUCCAUAUGGGUAUGCUCAGGACCCAUCAUAUGCAUAUGGUGCUUAUGCAGGAUACAGCCAGUAUCCCCAACAGGUUGAGGGAGCAACCGAUAUGGCAUCAGCUGCUGGUAGCCAUGUCCCAGGCAUGGAACAGAAGGAGGAGGUGUACGAUCCAAUGAACAUACCCGGCGUUGAGAAGCUGAAUGCUUCAUAUAUGGAUGUUCAUGGUAGUGCCAUGCUAGGACGGCACUUGUGGUUGAAGAUCUCUCCACCGUCUCAGGCAGCUUGAGCAGGCACUUGUAUCUAUCACCCAUCGUCGUCUUUUCUCAUGAAGACUGCAAUGCCGCUAGGCUGAGACAUAUUAAUUUUGAGUCACCCUCUCCGAGUAGCAAGUACAAGAGCGAGAUUAGACAUGCUGACUAACAGCUUCACGUGUGUUUGAGUGCAUCACAUGUAUGAUUAGGGGUCCUUCCGGUCUAUUUGAAUCAACGCGUUAUUGCCAAAGACGCACUUAUAUUUUACUAGCGCCAACUUUCUGGUACGCAGAAAGAUCAGAAGGUGUUUAUGUAUUCUGAUCUUUUCGUGUCCUGGAAUGCUUUUUCGUUGAACUAGGGUUUCGGCACCA